AUGGGCGUGGAGGUUGCUGACCACGAGACGAUGCAGGCCCUCGACGAAGGCAACAAGCAGCUCGGGUUUCUCAGCACCGUCUUCGCAGAGAACCUGGCGCACGGCGAGGCGCAGACCCUGGCCUUGCGGACCGAGCGCCACACUGUGGAAGGGCUUCCGGAAGAGGUCCUGCGCGAAGCGGCCGCAGCGGCUUCCGCGUCUGGCCAAGAAGCAACCCCAGAGGAUGGUCCCUGGCUCUUCACCUGCCAGAGAAAGGUCCUGGACGUCCUCCAAUCCCAUGCGAAGGAUGCCUCCCUCCGAGAGGAUGCCUACCGAGCACGGUGGAGGCUCGGCAUCGAAGGCUACGAUGCAGAUCAGGAAGGCAACCUGGAUGUGAUUGCAGCCAUGCUCGAACAUCGCCAGUUCUGGGCAACCACGCUGGGAUUCCCGAGCUUCGCAGACCUGGCCUUCGAAUCUCGGAUGUCAACCCGAGAGGAGGUGGAGGCCACGCUUGGCGUUCUACGACAAGCUGGCGAGGCGGCCUCCAAGGAUGAGCUCCAGGAGCUGCAAGCGUAUGCAGCCGAGAAGGGCUCGGAUGGGGAGCUGGAAGCCUGGGACCUGGCAUACUGGCGCCGGGCCUUGAUCCAAGAGCGCUCGGGCUUCCAGGAUGCCGAUCUCAAGCCAUAUCUCCCGCUGCCUGCAGUGCUCCGCGGCCUCUUCUCGUUGCUUGAGCAUCUGUUCGGGGUCUCUUUCGAGCCAGCCACCGGUAGGAGAGAGGUUCCCCUCUGGCACAGGAGCAUUCGCUUCUUCCGGCUGGUGGAUCGAGAGUUGCAGUUCCCUUUCGCCGGUUUGUAUCUGGACAUGUUCCAGCACGAGGAGAAGCUUCCCUCGCCAGAUGGCGGAUUCACAGCU